AUGACAGCAUUACCGGAAUCACUGCAGGUUAAUGAUCAUCUCGAACUCUUUCUGAAGAAUAAAACUGCGGCUGUGGCUGGAGAUGAAAGAGAAGUGGAGGUUGGAUCUGCUUAUUGUGAUCUCUCAACGGAGACACAAACACUAUCGCAUCUCUUUGAUAGACUUAUGGAGAAAUUAAAUGAAACACGACGGGAAUGCCGUGCGGAUCGCAUUGCCCUCACCAGAGAGGUGGAGACACAACUGCGCGAUAUUCGCACAUCUGCUGUGACCACUCGAAGUCAACAGGAACAACUGCAGCGGGAGAUGCGGGCACUGCAGGAGAAACUGCAGAACGCCGCUCUUCAACGGGCCUCCACUAUUCGCAGCAGCACCGAUCGCCUCGCUGUGCACACACUGGCGAAGACAUCGCAACAACUCCGCCGGGAUGCGCAGCAGGCACUCAGUGCGGUGGAGUUGUUGCGGACCGCCGUCUUUCACGACCGCCUCACGCGGGAGGAGCGGCAGAAGUGUGAGGACGAAGAGGACGCGGAGAUGGAAUUGCGGCUGCAGCACACAGAGACAACCACCGCAGCCCUCCAACGCAAUUUACGCCGAUUGCACGCGGAGAAUCAACAACUCACACGACUGCUGCAGUCCAUCGUGGGAGCCGUGCGGGGGCUGGAGCCGCAAUUGGCCCAACAACAGCGGCAAGUGGAGGAGACAAGAGAGGCAUUUCAUCGACUGCGGGCGGCCCACACACGACUGGAGGGAACAAUGGAAUCGCUAAUACACCACACUGAACAGUAUAAGGCCUCACACGAUGCGGUCCUGCGCCGAUUGGAGAAAAGUGUGAAGGAGUUGGAGCAGCAAGUGAAAAAACAACAACAACAACAACAAGAGGAGGAAGAGCGGUAUAGGUAUGGUGAAGGAAAAAGGAUGAAUCUUAUCACUGGUAAUGUGAGUAACAGUAGCAUUAGCAACAGUGCCAAUAAGAAGAAGAAUAUGAAUCCUAACAAUGACCGCAUUGAAGGAGGGAUAAUAAAUGAGAGUAGAAUGUGGCAGCAGAAUAACUCUGGAGUGAUGAAUAAUGAGAGUACAAACCGUCCGUUGCAACAACGUUUAGAACUUUUCUACAGAAUUUACAACCCAGAUAAGAUUCCCUCUAUUGCGACUAUUAUCGAAGAAUAUAUGGGGGCUGAGGAGGAACUCAUGGCAGCACUUGAAGUGCACUAUGAUGCUUUUGGUUUUUUUUCACAUUACUAG